AUGCCCGAGGAGGACGUCCACCGGCCGCUCCUGGCCGAGACCCGGAGCACGGACUCCGCGUCGGAAUCCAGCUCCACCCCAGAUGGGCGCUUCACCCGGAAUCUCGGCGCCAUCGAGGCCUUCGCCAUCGUCAUCAGCAUUGUGAUCGGGAGCGGCAUCUUCACCUCACCCGGCUCGAUCGACACGAAUGUGCCCUCGCCGGGAGUCGCGUUGCUGGUGUGGCUGGUGGGCGGCAUUCUGGCCUGGACGGGCGCCAGCACCAUGGUCGAGCUGGGCACGGCCAUCCCAGGCGAAGGAGGCGUGCAGCCCUAUCUCCGGUACAUCUUCGGCGAUGUGUUUGGCUUCCUCGCCGCCUGGACCUGGAUCAUCGCCGUCAUGCCCGCCACGCUGGCCAUCCUGAGCAUUGUCUUCGUCGAGAGCCUCUUCUCCGCGGCAGGCGUGACCGAUCAGGCAGGGAGUAUCUCCCACAAACUGCUGUCCGUUCUGGUGCUGCUGGCGAUCGGGCUGGCCAACUCCAUCAGCACGAAGGCCAGCACCCGCCUCAACGGCUUCUCCGUCACCACCAAGUUCCUCGCCAUUGCGGGCAUUGUCCUCGCGGGCCUGGUGGUGGUGAUCCUGCAGGUGUCGGGGAUCAACCGCCAUGCUGGGCCAAAGGACUGGUUGAACCAUCCGUGGUUUGGGCCCAGGAACACCUGGACUCCCGAUGGGACGGAGGUCGACUGGAACUCUAUCCGGGGGUGGGAGUCGCUCGGGUACUACUCGGCCGCCCUCUACGGUGCCCUCUGGGCCUAUUCGGGCUGGGAUAAGGUACGUCCAUCGGAUAGAUGCGUGUUCAGGGCGAUCUACAUCAGCGCCGAACUGUCCUCCCCUGCCCGACAGCUUCCGCUGGCCAUCAACACCGCCGUCCCCAUCAUCAUUAUCUGUUUCCUCGCCGCCAAUGCAGCGUACUAUGUCCUUCUCCCGUGGAAGAUCGUUUCGAUGACCGACAGCGUCGCUGUGACUGCCAUCACUCACCUCCUCGGCCCAGCCUGCGGAGUACUCGCAGCCAUACUGAUCUGCCUCGUCGUGGCCGGCUCCCUGCUGGGUAACUCUUUCGUCGCCGGUCGCAUGAUUGUCGCUGCGUCCAAGAUGGACUGGUUCCCCCGGUUCCUAGGCGUGCUCGGCUACCUGGGGAUGCCUCCUGACCCGGAGCCCCCCACCCCUACGACGCCACGGUCGGAUGCGCCCAUCAACGCGACCAUCCUGGCGACCUUGCUUCCCAUCCCCUAUCUCCUGUUCGGAAACUUCCGCGCCCUUCUCACCUUCAACGGUCUGGGCGAAUAUUCCUUCUUCUUCCUGACGGUCCUGGGCGCCAUCAUCCUUCGGUUCCGGCAGCCGGAGCUGCGUCGGCCGUACAAGCCGUUUAUUGGCAUCCCGGCCACGUUUGCCCUCGUGAGUGGGUUUGUGGUCGUGAGAGGAGCCGUCUUUGCGCCGCUGCAGGCCGUGGUUCUCGUCUCGCUGUGGGUGGUCGGGGUAGGGUUUUAUUACCUUCGGAGGAAGUGGGCGGAGAGACGUGGAUAG